AUGCUAAAAUUGUGUUGCGCACUGAGAUUUUUUGCGCAUGGCAGUUAUCAGCAAGCUGCAGGAAAUGAAUUUCAAUUGGGUCUUGCGCAACCUACAGUUUCGCUCAUUUUAAAGGAGGCAUUGCCCAUUUUAGAAAGAGAAAUUUGCAGUGCUUCGAUAAUCACAGAAAUGACAGAAGAAGAGAAGCAACAGGCAAGGAGCAAAUUUUUCUCCAGAUCAGGAAUACCCAACGUAAUUGGCUGUGUUGACGGAACACAUAUUGCGAUUUAUGCCCCCACCGCAAAUAGACACCUCUAUCUAAAUAGAAAAGGCUUUUUUAGUAUAAAUGCUAUGAUUGCUUGCGAUCAUGACAUGAAUAUCCGGUUUGUGGAUGCUAGAUAUGCUGGUUCUACACAUGAUUCGUUCGUGUGGAACAAUAGUUCAUUAAAGACUUAUUUGGAGAAUAUGCAUCAAAGUGGCGAUCAUAACUCUAUUUAUUUAGGUGAUUCCGGAUACCCACUUAGUCCUUAUUUACUAACACCCUUCCGCCAUGCAGACUCUGGAACUAGGGAGUCAAUUUUUAAUAAGAAGCACGCGAAAGCUAGAAACGUCGUUGAACGUACGAUCGGAGUUUUGAAAUGUCGCUUUCGAUGUCUCCUGAGUGAUCGAAAAAUGCGCUACGAUCCUGCUAAAGCAACAUCCAUUAUAAAUAUUUGUUGCGCUUUCCACAAUAUUUGUAAGAAAUUUAGAAUCAGUGAUCCAGAGGAAGCUGAAAUUUUUAUUGACACCGUUGUAUCAUCAGAGCCAAUCAGUGAAGAUGCCAAUAAUACAUCAGGAGAGCGCCGCAGAAGGCAAAUAGCUGAUGCUUUGUUGUAAAAUUAAUUGCAGUUCGGUUUAUUGAAUAAACUCAAAAUCAUUUACCUUACUUUUGUUCUUUUUAUUUCAUUUUAUAC